GCAGCCAAGCAACUGCCGUUACUGACGACCCACGAGCACAGAGAGAAAGCUGAAAGAGAAGACAGAAAACUUUUUUUAUUCUACCUGGAAGUACAGUAUCCUCUUCAUCAUGUCUGAGCGUCGCGUUCCCUUCACCUUCCUUCGUAGCCCUAGCUGGGACCCGUUCCAAAACUGGUACCAGGGAAACCGGCUCUUCGACCAGAACUUUGGCAUGCCUACCACCUGUGCCAUGCCUGAAGAAUGGUACACGUGGGCAAGCACUCACUGGCCGGGAUACAUGCGCCCCCCGGUUGCGGGUCUACCGAUAGACGCAGCGGCAGCGACCCAUGCUCAAAUGGACCAAGCCCCCAUCAUGCCGCCAAGUCCUUUCCAUUACCCUCGCGUCAUGAACCGCCAGUUGAGCAGCGGGAUGUCUGAAAUUAAACAGACUGCGGACCACUGGAAGGUCAGCCUGGACGUCAGCCACUUUUCACCAGAGGAAAUCGUGGUGAAGACCAAAGACGGCGCAGUCGAAAUUACCGGAAAACAUGAAGAGAGGAAAGAUGAACACGGAUACAUUUCAAGAUGUUUUACUAGAAAGUACACACUGCCCUCUGGAUGUGAUGGGAGCCAAGUCGCGUCAACUCUGUCUCCUGACGGAGUGCUGACAGUGGAGACUCCCCUACCCAAACCAGCCAUUCAGGCUGCCGAGGUCACGAUCCCAAUCACUGCUGCGAAGAAAUGAGGAACCAGCAUCUUCCAUCUGAAUGUAAAGAGCAACUCCUGCCUUGAAUACACUCAAAGCAAAAGAAGUGAUUGUAACAACAAUUUAUCUAUAUUGUGACCAUAUAGUAACAGCACAUGUUCUAAAUUGAUUUAUGCAAUGGGAAUUAGUAAAACAUUUUGUACUAUUGCAACAUGAAGUAAUCUAAUAGUAUUCAGAUUGCUUGUCUUUUUAAUGUGUAGUACACUAUCAAUCCCUGGAUUGAUGAAAUUGUAGUGAUAUGUUAUGUUAUGUUUUGCAAUCUAGGUGGUAGAGUAAGUUUGACUAAUAAACUUUUUUUUUUUUAAUUCUAAAAACAUAUUAUGUGGUAUAAUAAGUCCUGUGCAGCAAAAUCAGUAUGUAUGUAUAUGUGUUGGUAUGUAUGCAUGCAUGUACAGUAUGUGUAUGUUAUCAAUGAUGGAAGCCCCCUCUUGAGACAAUGUUGCAGUAAUGUGCAGUCAGUCUAUGAGGUGGUCCGAACAGACAAGGAAAAAAGAAAGAUCUAAAAGGCUUAUAUUGAACAAGAACACAAAGAGCCUGUUCUUUUCUUUACUAAGUUAAAGACAUGACACUCAAUAAUUCUUAAGAUGAAUAAUUCAUUUUACAUCCAGUCGUGUGUUCAAGUGAUUUGUUUCUGUUUUAUGUAUAUUUUUAUGCUUCAAAAACAAAUCAAGCAAGUUUGAAUUUCCAGGUUUAUUUUGAAGUGUAUUAUUUUUUACAUUAGCUAUUUAUACUAAUGCAGCUGCAGUCCUGCCUGAAUACCAGGAUCUCAGCAUUCAAACCAGCGCCUCUUCAGGGAUGGAUCAAGACUCAUUACACAGAUACCUCUUGUAUUAUUAAUGUAGAAAAUGCAGCCACUCAGCUUUAGAGUACAAUACUUGUAUUUGCACUGUCUAUGCACUCAAACUGUAGUCAAUCAUAAUUAUAAUGCCUGACCCUUUAAAGACAAGGUUGUUUUUGGACUGCUGUCUAAAACAAAUAAUAAAUCCAUCUUUCAUUGUUGA